CGGCUCUGUGCAUUUCUCAGAACACAGAAGCCAUAAACAAACCGACUUCUCCAUUACCCAAAAGAUCUCAUAUCUCUAUCUCUAUCUCCAGAUAAAACCCUAGCUCGAUAAUAAUAUCCCUUCCACCAAUAAUUACAGGCCGCGUGUCCAGCAGCUUGCUAGCAUCUAGAACUCUCCCUCUUCCUCUCCAUCUUCAUUUUCCGUUCUCCCUGAGCCCCAAAACAACUCGAUCUACUUUUUGUCUCUUUCAAUUGGUUCCAUAAAACCAGAGCCAUGAAAACUGAAGUGAGAGUAGGAAGCAGUACGUCAAUUGCUGCUUUACAAAAUCCGAGCCUCUUGAUCAACAACACCACAUCUCAGGGCUCCCUUACCGGCGCCCUCAGAGGAAGCCUCGGAAGCCUCGAUGGAGCUUGCAUAGAGAAGCUCUUGCUCCACUGCGCGAGUGCCCUAGAGAGCAACGACGUCACCUUAGCUCAGCAAGUGAUGUGGGUGCUCAACAAUGUCGCUUCUUCUGUUGGUGACCCUAACCAAAGGCUCACCUCCUGGAUCUUAAGGGCACUGAUCUCACGAUCCUCUAGAAUUUGCCCGAGUCUCAACGGCUUUAGCGGAGGCCGCGGUCCGAACCCUAGCAGUAGUACUACUAGCACCGUAGCGGCGGAGAGGAGGCUGAUGACGGUGACGGAGCUAGCCGGGUACGUUGAUCUAAUUCCAUGGCACAGGUUUGGAUAUUGUGCAUCCAACAGUGCAAUUUUCCAAGCAAUUCAAGGAUGCUCGAAAAUUCAUAUAUUGGAUUUUAGCAUUACGCACUGUAUGCAGUGGCCUACUCUCAUAGAUGCUCUAGGAAAAAGACCAGAAGGCCCUCCUGAUUCACUUAGAGUGACUGUUCCUUCUUGUAGGCCUAUAGUCCCUCCUUUCCUCAAUGUGUCAAUUGAAGAAGUCGGUCUUCGUUUAGGAAAUUUCUCUAGGUUUAGGGAUGUCCCGUUUGAGUUUAAUGUCAUCGAAAACUCAUCUUCUUUCGAGUUGUUAUUGAGCCAGUUGAACCCUACUUCGUUAAAUCUCGACGAAGAUGAGGCCUUGGUAGUAAAUUGCCAAAAUUGGUUACGUUAUAUGUCCGAUGAUGAGGGUAGUACCAAUAGUGCUCGUAACACUUUUCUUACCAUGAUUAGAUGUCUCAACCCUAGAAUCAUUGUCGUCGUGGACGAAGACUCCGAUCUAAGUUCUCCGAGCCUUAGUUCGAGGAUCACCACAUGUUUUAACUACUUGUGGAUACCCUUUGAUUCGUUGGAAACUUUCCUGCCAAAAGAUAGUAACCAGCGGAUGGAGUAUGAGUUCGACAUUGGUCAGAAGAUUGAGAACAUUAUCGGUUUCGAAGGGGUCCAGAGAAUGGAGAGGCUAGAGUCCGGCGCGGCGGCGUCUCAGCGGCUGAGGAGCGCUGGUUUCUUGAGCUCGCCGUUGUGUGAAGAGACCGUUGGGGAAGUGAAGACCUUGCUCGAUGAACAUGCUAGUGGCUGGGGCAUGAAGCGUGAAGAAGAUAUGUUGGUUCUAACGUGGAAGGGGCACAACUCGGUUUUUGCCACAGCUUGGGUCCCAAAUCAAAACGGGUUAAUGUUGGAGGAUUAAGGGCUAGGGUAAGUUUGGUGUGGCUUCAAAAUGUCUCAGAGGCGAAGACAAAGAACAAAUCAUAUAAUGGUUUGCUUUUUCAAUUCUCUUCGUCAAAAGCUGCAAAUGAUCGAGGACUUGACAAGAAAAGGCAGAUGAUCAUCAUCUUGUGUUGAAUAAAAUGUUUUUCACGAGCUGUACGUUUGUAUUGAAGCUCUGGAUCUGGGAAAGCUAUGAAACAUGAUCACAUGAAAGGCGAAGAGACGGUGGACGUGUUGUCUUUUGCUAUUGUAUGAGACAAAAUCUAGCACUUUAAUCCACUUGGCCAUCUGUACAUGUGCAGGCUUUUGUUUCUUGAAAUAGUACUACUA